GGCAUAACCCCGACCAAUCGCGGUCGGCUAAGCUUUUUAAAGGGCGUACAGACCUUGCUCAGGUUCCCGCCCCGAGCCCUAGCUCGCUGGCGUCUGAGACGUUGACGGUCCCGUCAAUCAAAGCUACGCCUCUUUUUUUAUGUCACAUGACGUCUUAUUUUGAUCGAUGAACGAAGGCGGGCGGAUAACUAACUUCACCCAAUAAUAUCGCCGCGUGUUUAGCCAUCCGAAAAAUUCAAUCAAUCAAAAAAGUUUCCAGCGUUCACGCCGUGGGAAAGGCGGGACUUAACACGAACGAACACAGUCAGCUUGGCCUGGUGACAACAAUUGACCGCCACGACGUCCAAUGAAAUGCAGAAGGAGAAUAAAGGAUAGCUCAGAAGACCAAUUGCUAAAGAGCAUUGCCAACACCCCCCCUUCUCUCAGUUUAAGUGAGGGCGGAAGAUGGCGGCGGCCGGGACGGGUCCGGGGGUUCCCGACGGGGAAGCCGAGGGAUCAAAUCGCGACCGCAGCGCUUUCGAAUGCAACAUCUGUCUGGAACCUGCGAGGGAAGCGGUCAUUGGGCUCUGCGGCCAUCUGUAUUGUUGGCCAUGCCUUCACCAGUGGCUGGAAACGCGUCCUGAGCGUCAGGAGUGCCCUGUUUGCAAGGCGGGGAUCAGCCGUGACAAAGUCAUCCCCCUCUAUGGUCGUGGCAGCUCCACCCAGCAAGAUCCCAGGUUGAAGACACCCCCUAGACCACGAGGUCAGCGCCCGGAACCUGAGUCCCGAGAGCAGGGCCUGGGCGGCUUUCCUGAAGCAGCCACCGGUUUCCACAUGGCAUUUGGCAUUGGCGCGUUCCCCUUUGGAUUUUUUACUACGGGCUACAGUGCUCCAGGAGAAAGAGCAGAUGUCAACGCUGCGCGCCCCUCGAGCUGGCAGGAUUCCCUGUUUCUCUUCAUCGCGGCUAUCUUUUUCUUUUGGUUGCUCAGUGUCUGACCAGCUGGACCCCACACUGGAUUCACCCAAUAUACUAAAGACUAUCAGAACUGGAUAGAGGAACUUUAAUGUUAGGGGGUUGGGGGUGGGAUUUUGCAGGGUGGAAUGGCUGGCUGGC